AUGGUUGCCUCUGAAUUACCUAGAAGACUGUACACCAAAGGCGGUGAGCCAGCCCCGGAUAAAAGCAUCGGCUAUUAUGCUGAUGAUUAUAGGCUGGUACCUGCACUAAAGUCAGCUCUACAAGAGGAUGAAUGGGAAGAGAUUUACGAGUCACCGUUGGGUGUCUUUUUAAGGUUCCACGACUUGGAUUUUGGUUGGGCUUCUAGGCUGGUGCACCACAUGCUGACCUUUCAGAUAGUUUGCAAGCAGAGGUAUGAGAUAUGGAGCCUGAUUGGUACCACUCCAGUUCGGUUUUCAUUGCAUGAGUUUGAGGAGAUCACCGGACUCAACUGCGGGUAUGUGGAUGACUUGGCUGAGCUAAUGGGGGUCGAUUUCGAGUCGGGCCCAAGCACUAUCGAAAUUAUUGAAGUCUGUUCCAACUGCUCAUCAUGGUCUCGGGAUGAUAGGCUGCGGUUGGGAUAUCUUGGGAUAUACGCUGGUUUCAUAGUGGCAACGAGACCAGGCUUAUCCACAAAUGUCAACCAUGCCAGACUAGUGAUGGAUCUCGAAGGUUUUAUGGAGUUCCCAUGGGGAAGAAUUGCUUUUCAGCAUCUGAUCAAGUCUGUUAAGGAGAAAGAUCUCAGCAAAAACAUUCAUAUAGAAGGAUUUGUGCAAGCUCUUCAAGUGUGGGUGUACAAUGCUCUGCCGGAUUUUGCUGCUGAAUUUGGCAAACCAUUGCCAAAUGAUCCUACACCUCUUAUGCUGGCUUACAAAGGAUCAAGAGGACAAAAGAAAGUCAAAGCCAACAUGCUAAAACAUGCUCGCAUACAGUGCUGCGUGGCUAAGGACUUGGCGGAUAUGUUUCCAGUUUGGGAUGAUGAGGAACAGGAUCCGGAUAUUGUCAAGAUUGCAGAAGCAGGAAAGAGGAACCUUCCCUCAGUUGAAUCAAGUCGCAAGAGAACCUGCACAGCCUCUGCCUCUGCCGCCUCUUUCGUUGGUGAUGAAGGGGUCGGAGUUGUCGCUACUAUGAAAGCGUACUUCGACCAAUACUUCAAAAGCUUUUCAACCAAGAUGCUGAAUGGUCUUGGUAGCUAUGAAAAGCAGAUCAAACUUCUCACCGACAAGGUUGAAUCUGUAGAGCGCGCGGUAGAGGAAUUGACUACAGGGUCGGCGAAGUACACUGAGGAAGAGGUUAAGGACAAUGUUCAGCAAAAACAGCAGCAGGUCACUGGAUCCAAGAAGCAUGAAGGGAGUAAUUCAGAGAAAGAAGAUGCUCCGAUGAAAGUUAAUGUCAACGUUGGUGCGAGUGAGAGUGUUAACGCCCCCGGGGAUGCAAAAGGAAAGAAGGCUGCCAUGUGUGAUGUUGACGUUGACGCAGUUGCACUAGCCAAAAAUGCCAGAGCAGCGGCUCAGAUAGUUGGCCGAGCAACGAGUGCCAGAAACCGACAGCUGGCUGCGACAGAAGAGUCCUUUCUUAGGAAAUAG